AACCACACGUGUCAGACCACAUGGAUGGGUCAAUAUGAAUUUCCAAGCAUGUAGCAUUAUGGAUAGGACCUGCACGCCACAUAUAUAUAUAUACAUUCGAGUAGCCACUGUACACAUCAACCCAUGUAUCUACUGCACAAUCGAAUCACUUUGAUCUCUGUUGUUGAACUGUGUGAUUUUAGGUUACUGACCGUGAAUUGAGGCUGUUCGCAAAAAAAUGGAGCUGGCGGAAGGACUAGACAGGUUUGUUCAACGCUGUCGGGUGCCUAUUCAAUCUCAAGCGAAAAGUACAAGCGUUGGGAAAAGCAGAAGGGAAAACACCUCCGAGAAAUCGCAGAGAGAAAACUGUCGAAAUCAGAACAAGCGAACCUCCUCAAAUUCGGCAAAUUCGGUCGCUCCUACGGAGAGCCCAGCAACGACAUACAUACCCUUCUGUUAUUCUCACGACUGGGCAAUGUCUUUGCAGGCGACAAGGGAGGCUCUCGCGCAGGUGUUGGCGCAGGCCGCCGCGAUAUACGUCGACGACUUCAGCGAUAAAGACGCCAUCAUCAAGAAAAGCGUCCAAGAGUUGUUGACGCCGGAUACCAGUCUCUAUAUCUUCUUGAGUACAGCGUUCACUUCAGCUGCCUUGGCCUUGGUGGCUGAACAUCGAGACGACGAAGCAAAGCUCAAGGAGCCACUAUACCGGCUCCUGGAUGUUUCAUUGUGUUGCUAUGAAGCUGGCAUCCAGGACCAAUCCUUACCUUUCAACAUCUUGGAAGAUGUCCUCGAUGUGCUUACAAUCGAGGCGACGGACAUUCUUGUUGAGUAUCUGGAGACUCGGCGUCAUAGGUUGACGAUGAACAUCGACCCAACAAAAGGAAAAGGACUUGUCCUCCUUCGCAUGUGCAACGAAAUGGUCCGCCGUGUUUCGAAGACCCGAAACACUCUUCUCUCUGGGCGCAUUUUGAUGUUUAUGGCGAAUGUGUAUCCAUUAGCAGAGCGAUCAGGUGUGAAUCUCAGGGGAGAGUUCAAUGUCAAAAAUGUGACACACUACGAAGGCGAAGAUGAUCCCAUCGACGAUGAUGCGAUGGAAGUUGAUGGCAAGACGGAUGGCGCAGAAGCAUCCGUCUACAAGCGGCUUUGGAAUUUGCAGAAAUACUUUUCGAACCCCCCUCUAUUAUGGCAGCCUGAAAAUCUGGCCAUCUUCAAAAAGGGGUUGGACUUGGUUCUGAAGAAGUUUGAACAAGUGAAUAAAGAAUCCAUAUUGAAUGCAAACAAGUCUGAGGAACAGAAAAUUGAAGAAAGCGCGAAAAAAAGGAAGCACGAACUUGAUCAUGAAAGUGAAGGAGUCCGGAAGAAGCCAACCAACUCGAAUGGCGCGAAUGGAGUACCCAACGGUGCGAUUAACGGAGCGACAAAUCCGCAUAAUGAACGUAAGCGGAGGCUCGAUUCUGCCGCUGAGGAGUCGGGCCCUCGGAAGAAGAGAGGAAACGGCAAUACGUUUUUCCCGAAGUUCCUGUCCAGUCCCAAUCUGUUCGAACUCCAGCUUCGAGAUCCAGAAUUCCGCCGUCAGAUCCUGGCGCAAUCUUGCAUAAUAUUGCAGUACAUUUCAAUGAUGUCUCAAGAUGAGAAGGAUCGAAUGGCAAAACAGCUGGUGGACAACCCUACUAUCUUGAACAAAUCCGUUCAAGUUCCUUACACGCUUACCCCAGAAGACGAAACAUGGGUCAAAGAAACGCGAGCCCGAAUUUUCUCUGCUUGCGAAGCAAUGACGCCUGGCGGGAGGCAAUUUUCAAAACUGCUGCUAACAGUGAUAACUCACGAACGCAACUGGAUUGAGUGGAAGAAUCGGUCAUGCCAGCCGUUUGAGUUACCACCCGUCGAUAUUACGGCCGGAGUGAAGAAGCCGAAGUUACCUGGUUCCGAGACUGUUCGACGGGCCACCUGGCUCGGAAAUGAUGCAAUGACUUCCCUAUGGGCGAAAGGGGAACAGGUCGAAGACAUUUUGCGGAAUCCAAACAGAAAACGGUCAAUCCCCAAGUUUCAGGAUGCCAUCGCUAUGCUUGAUGAGCAGCUUGACGAGAAAGGCGAGCUGACCGGCGGCAUUGAAGCUGAGUAUGCGCUUCACACGGACAUGGUAAGUCGGACCCAGUGUUACCCCACAUGAGCGUUUUCCUUGACUCUAACAGAUUUACUCCCUCCCUGCCCUUCUCCCCCACCUGCUCCUUCAGAGAUACAACUGGCGCCUGUAUCGUAUAGCGCUCCGGGAUAACUUGAGCCUAUUCCAGGGGACGAUUCCCAAGCUCGGUGCUCGUCUUGAGGAGAUGCAGAUUGAAAACAAGGCGCCUGGUCGAAGCUUAGUUCUUG